AUGGAGCUGGACGUGCAACGGGCCAAGGAGCUCAUCGAGCAGAAGCUGGCAGAAGAGGAGGAGGAGGAGAAGCGACUCAAAGAGGAUGGCGCACGGGAGCCGCCAGCCGUGGAGCGGAUGAGCACACCCGAGCUGGAGGAGGAGAAACACCGUGGUCCCAGGAACUGGGGCCUCGAGGCUGUCAAGGGCCAGGAGCGGGUGCGGAAGAGCUCGGUGGACCUGCGCCGGGAGAUCAUCGAUGUGGGGAGCAUCCAGCGCCUUAUCGAGCUCCGCAAGCAGCGCCGGCAGCGUCGGGAGGAGCGGGCAGCCACCCCUGAGCCACCCCCGCUGCCUGAGCCCCUGGAGAUUGAGGGUCCUGUGGAGCCAGAGACCUUCCUGCGAGCUGCCAUCCAGGGCAAGAUGCCUAUCAUUGAGAAGUUUCUGGCGGAUGGUGGUCCCCCCGACACGUGUGAUGAGUUCCACCGCACAGCCCUGCACCGCUGCUCCUUGGAGGGACACAUGGACAUCCUGCAGAAGCUACUGGACAGUGGGGCCACUGUCGACUUUAGGGACAGGCUGGACUGCACCGCCGUGCACUGGGCCUGCCGGGGCGGGCACCUGGAUGUCAUCAAGCUGCUGCAGGACCGUGGAGCAGACCUCAACCUGAAGGACAAGCUGCUCAGCACUCCUCUUCACGUGGCCACCAGAACUGGGCACCCUGACAUUGUAGAGCACCUUAUCCACUGCGGGGUAGACAUCAACUCCCAGGACAGGGAAGGUGACACGGCACUGCACGAUGCCACACGGCUCAGCCGCUACAAGAUCAUCAAAAUGCUGAUCCUGCACGGGGCUGACAUGAUGGCCAAGAACCAGGCUGGCAAGACUCCGACGGACCUGGUGCAGCAGUGGCAGGUGGACACGCGCCAGGCACUGGAGACCAAGGAGCAGCCGCAGGGAGAGAUGGAGGUCCCUGCAUGA